AUGAGCCUGGUGGAACAGCUGAUGUCAAGUAGCGAUCGAUGGAUCGCCUUACAAUUCGCCUUCUAUAAUGCCCUGUUGCUUGCGCUAACAGGAAUAUGUUUGGUAGGGCUUUAUGCCGUAUACAAAGUGAUGUACAUGUUUUUAACACCUUUGUUGUGGGCUACACUGAUUGGAACGAUCCUUUUUCCAGUCAAAAAAAAAUUCAACUGUGCAAUCAAUGGAUGGCUAUCGAGAGUGGACAAUGGUGAGACACCGCUGCUUGUAGCUCUUGUUCUCAUACCAUAUGAUACAUUUAUAAGUGCUACCGAUUUAUUCCUCAUUUAUCUGGCAAGACGUGAAGGAUUUAUGAUACUGGGUGCUUAUUUGGUUUUAAAAGCACUAAACCACAUUACGUUUGUCGCUUUAUUGCAUUUUCUUGGUGAUUUGUAUCAAAAUACCGAUCAUAUCAUUCUGUUUUGCACUAAAUCUUGGGUUUCGGUUUUUAUGAUACUCUACUUCGCUGCAUUUGUCGGUUGGCUUUAUAUGCAAGAGCAGCACUGUGUAAAUAAGAAAUUAGCACGUUUGAUUUCUGUUCCUCUCUGGUUUUUCGGUAUAGUGAAAGUUUCCAGUUUUUUUGGUCCAUUCAGUGUUAUUGUUAUGAGUGGAGUCUCAGCAACUCUUGUAACCAUAGCAGCUGGUAUUUUAACUUCGAGAGAAGUAAAAGCAGAUCCAGAAAAAGCCGAAUUCAAGGAAGCUGAACAAAAAUCUACAGAGAGCAACAAGGAAAAGACGCUCGACCAGGAGUUAACGGGCGAUUUCUAUUUGCAGGCUAUUCUUGGACUCUGUGCUUUGGAAUUUGCUGUUCGACAUGAUUUUGUACCGAUUUGCAUACUCUUAUUAGCUAUCUUCACUGUACUGAGAAGAAUUGGUGUGGAAGUUGGUGUUCAAACUGGUCUUACAAAGAAGUGUUGUAUGAUUUGGAAAGAGUUCCAUGAAAAUAUGAAAAGAUUCAUACGUGUUACUGUUGCAGGCCCACUUAGAAAUUAUUUCAAACUCAUUUUUUCAAGUGAUCAAGCGAUGAAAAACUCACUACGAAAAACAGUGGACGAUUUUUCAACAGUUCUGGUUAUGUUAUUGCUGAUUUUUGGAUCUCUUUUUAUCACUCUAUUAGUUGCUUUUCAAGUUCAUGGUGAAGUAGCUCAUCUGAUUCGGCUUGGUGCCAAUUUGUUAGCACAACAACCUGACUGGAUGUUGGCUUAUGCACGGAGUUACACCGGAAAUCAACUGGAUAAAAGCGAUAUUGAUAAUUAUGUUGAACAGGGAUAUCUCAAAGGACGAGAAUUGUUGGCGGCUAAUGUCCGUUUAUUCGUUGGAACACAAGAUCCGGUCAAAGGUGAAUUGCUUGAAAAGGAAGUGGUUGAGUUACUGGAUAAAUUGUACGAAAUGUGGGAAGACCGUAAUGAAACAACUUUUUCGUCAUCUAGCAGUGUCACAAAAGAUCGGAUGAGUAAUAUAGAAGUUUUCAUGAGCAUAAGUACACUAAGAGAAGAAGUGGUUGAAUUUGUUAAAGCAAAUGUUGAUACGAUCAUGACCGUUGCGCAUUCGGUUUGGUCUUUCGUCGCAGGCAAUAUAUCUACUCUGGGAACAAUUUUAUUCACGAUUCUUGUAAUUGUUGUAAAUUUUGGACUUGAAAUUUUCAAUUUCUUCAUCGAAAUUACUGUUUUUCUGACAACUUUAUAUUAUCUAUUAUCAAGUAGCCAGGAUAUCUGGCUACCGACAAAAUGGCUCAGUGAUGCAUUGCCUCCCUCUCAUGACACAACUAGUUCUGCUCAAUUAUAUAUCAUUCCAGCUAUUGAAAAAGCUAUAAGUGGCGUAUUCGUGUUAUCAGCAAAAAUGUCACUGUUUUAUGGUUUGUACACCUAUUUCAUUCAUGCUGUGUUCGAUAUCAACGUUGUUUUCAUACCAUCAAUGUUGGCGGCUGUUUUUGCAUCAAUUCCAGUUAUGGCGCCUUGUGUGGUUUGCAUCUUCGGUUUCCUAGAGCUUUAUUUCGCUGAGCAUGAAGUCGCUGCAGCUGUCCUCUUUGUGUUAAUUAGUUUGGCACCGAAAGUAUUCGCUGAUACUGCUUUUUACAAUGAAUUAAGAGGAAGCCAUCCAUAUGUUACUGGUCUGGCAAUUAUUGGUGGAAUGUACUGGCUUGGAUUGCAAGGUGCCAUUAUCGGGCCAAUUCUGCUUUGCUCAGUGAUCGUCCUUUUGAACGUUUAUGUGAAACUUGCAUAUGCAUAA